GACACAUUCCAGAGCCUUGGAAAGGAGAAGGAGGGGCCCCCGAGAGUGGGGCUGGGGGUGGGAAGAUGGUUUAACAGUCAACCCAGCACAGCGUCAUCUUGUCUCCUACCAGGAAGCAGGCUGUGAGCUGAGGGAAGGCAGAGGACAUGAAUGUGUUUGGAGGGUUUCCUGGUGGUUUAUGGCAUCUUCCAGAGUCCUGUCUGAGAGCUGCUCCUGACCAAGAAGACCUACAGAGACUGUCUCUGAAAUCAAGUCCCCAUGAAGAACUAAGAGGAAAAGAAUGACUGCUAUGGUUUUUCUCACAGAAUGGAGACCGACCAGCUGCCUGUGCUUACUGCUACCCCGCUGGUGCCCCUUCAGAACCACAGCUGCAUGGAGGCGGCUGAGGCCCUGCUGCCCGGUGGCCUGGUGGAAUUCCAUGAGGAACACGGCUGGAUGAGCAACAGGACAGACCUUCGGUAUAGACCGAACCCUGGAGAGGUGGCUACAGCCAGCAUUUUCUUUGGCGCUCUGUGGUUGUUCUCUAUCUUUGGCAAUUCCCUGGUGUGUCUGGUCAUCCACAGGAGCCGGAGGACUCAGUCCACCACCAACUACUUUGUGGUGUCCAUGGCGUGUGCUGACCUUCUCAUCAGUGUGGCCAGCACGCCUUUCGUAGUGCUGCAGUUCACCACGGGACAGUGGACCCUUGGCAGUGCCAUGUGCAAGGUCGUGCGCUACUGCCAGUAUCUUACCCCGGGUGUCCAGAUCUACGUGCUUCUCUCCAUCUGCAUAGACCGCUUUUACACCAUUGUCUACCCACUGAGCUUCAAGGUGUCCAGGGAAAAGGCCAAGAAGAUGAUCGCAGCCUCCUGGAUCUUAGAUGCAGCCUUUGUGACCCCCGUCUUCUUUUUCUACGGCUCCAGCUGGGACAGCCAUUGUAACUACUUCCUCCCUUCCUCCUGGGAGGGAACCGCCUAUACUGUUAUCCACUUCUUGGUGGGCUUUGUGAUUCCCUCUGUCCUCAUAAUCUUAUUCUACCAGAAGGUCAUAAAAUACAUCUGGAGAAUAGGCACUGGUGGGCGGACCCUGAGGAGGACGAUGAACAUCGUCCCCAGGACAAAGGUGAGAACCGUUAAGAUGUUUCUCCUCUUGAACGUAGUGUUUCUGUUCUCCUGGCUGCCUUUCCACGUGGCUCAGCUCUGGCACCCCCACGAGCAAGACUAUAAGAAGAGCUCCCUUGUCUUCACAGCGGUCACGUGGGUGUCCUUUAGCUCUUCAGCCUCGAAGCCCACUCUCUACUCAAUUUACAACGCCAAUUUUCGGAGAGGGUUGAAAGAGACUUUCUGCAUGUCCUCGAUGAGAUGCUACCGCAGCAAUGCCUACACCAUCACAGCCAGCUCGAGGAUGGCCAAAAGAAACUAUGUCGGCAUUUCAGAAAUCCCUCCCGUGAGCAGGACGGUAACUAAAGACUCCGUCUAUGACUCAUUUGACCGAGAGGCCAGGGAAAAGAAGCUUGCCUGGCCCAUCAAUUCAACCCCACCAAACACUUUUGUCUAAUUUCUAAGAGUUCUUCCACUGUUGUUAUGUGCCAGAGAUUAAAAAGCUUUAAAAUAUAUAAAGAGGGAAGGGAUUGGCGUAGUUCUCACUCGGCCGUCCGUUUGUAAAGUGCAUCCACUGUUGAUUUGUGGUUCCUGUGGAUCUUGUUGGUCAGUAGUGUGCCCACUGAUAGAUGCCCGUGAAAAGUUCUUUCCUGGGCUGGAGAUGGCUCAGUGGUUAAGAGCAGUGGUUGGUCUUCCAAACCCCAGCACCCACAUGGCAGCUCACAGCCACCUGUGUUCUGGUUUCAGGGGAGUCAGUGACCUCUUUUGGCCUCUCGGAACACUACAUGCUUGUGCACAGACACUUAUGCUGGCAAAGCACCUUUACACACACAAUUUUUAAAAAAAGCAAAAACCUCUCUGUUCGUUUGUUUGGAAGUUCCUUCCUGAAUGGGAGCGAUAGCUCAGAGGGUGGGAGCACUCGCUACCAAGCCUGACGACUUGAGUUAGACCCCGGUAGGGUAGCCCCCAUGACGGAAGGAGAGAACCAACUCCCACAAGUUGCGGUCUCCACACACGUUUUUGUGGCACGCCUGCACUUGUGUUUGCACACUCACGCUAAAUAAACGUGAAAGAAAAAUUUAAAACACUUCGCUGUUUUUGCCCUAGCACCAUGUCAGUAUACACACUCUUCUAUUGUCGGUUCUGUCUUGCUUUGUUUUGUUUUUGUCUUUUCUCUACUGAAUUUUGGUAACCGCGGCCUCCUAUUCCACUGAAAUCUGUUAAGCAGAACAUUUCAAGAACUUGUGUUUCUGAGCCGAGCAACCCUGUAUGCAUUUGCAUGUUACCUCCUGGAAGGGGGGCAGGGCCCAUCCCCCGAGCCUAAUGGGACUGGGGAAGCCUCCUGUGAUGGGUUUAACCAUUCUUUGGGCGAGAGAUGCUUGCAGUCAUCUACCUCCCUUGCCUUCUCUUGUUAUCCUUCCUUAGUCCAAGCAGCUGGUGAAGCCUUGAAAAUCCACCAUUGAUUUAUUGGUGGUGGUGGGGUGCACUUGGAGAGACGGAGGGCAGCUCGCAGGAGUCCUUACCUUCCACUUUGUAGGUUCUGGAGCCUGAACGUGGGUCAUUGGGCUUAACAACGGGCACCUUCCCCCCUGAGCCUUCUUACUGGUGUAAGCUUGAAACCAGUGCACCAACAUACUGUGAUUCACCCACAGAGCUCCUAGGACCCAUAUCUUCCUUCUCUAAGUCAUAUACAGGCAAAGGAGCAAGCCUCCUUGCUAGGCUUGCCAAAAACAGGAAUGACAUUUCUCUGUGCUCUGCAAUUCACAAAGAGCUCUUCAAAUGCCUGGACCUCCUGUGACCACCAGGGCACAAGGGCAAGAUUUGACUACUUUUUCUCCUAUAAAUUCGGACAUGAGGCCUUUUAUUGUAAUUACAAUAAAAAAAAAAUAACCAUUCACUUACGUGUUUGUGGGGGAGGGUGCCCACAGAGACCAGAAGAUGGCAUUGGAUCCCCUGGGACUGGAAUUACACUGUUGUCAGCCACCCAACACAGGUGCUGGGGUCAAAUUCGGGUCCACUGCAAGAGUGACACGUGCUCCUAACUGAGGAGCCAUCCCUCCAGCCUUAUGAGGUCUCGUCAGACAUCCUUCUCUUCUGUCUCCCUAGCGUGAACCAUGAUUUGCUUCCAAACUCGGACAGGAACCAUGACUUAGGAGUUGGCUCCUUUAUUCCCAGGUUUGACUUGAAAUCUAGCACUAACACUUUUAGAGAAAAAAAAAAAUAUAUCUGGAUGUAGCACAAACUCAUAAUUCCAGUCCUCUGGAGAUGAAGGCAGGAGAAUCAGAAGUUCAAGGUCAUCCUUGGCUACGCGUGUAAGACUACGUCUCAAAGACGAUACAACACAAGGAAUUUAUUUUAAUGAAGUAAGGGCUUUACAGACAAGCCUGGUUUGCAUUUUCAUGGGCCAGCUAACAAGCCGCGUGUAAUAACUCAUUGCUUAGCAAUCUAUGUAUUAGCUCACCCUCUCAACCAUUCCCUGAUGUGUUUAUGGGUUUUAUUUGUGUUUCUUUAG